CGCUCUUCGUCACAAAUUCUUUAACACCCAUGAGGCUUUGCGCUGGACGUAGGAACGCGCGUGCGCAUGACGUACUAAAUUUCAGCCGGGAAAAAUCAAAGCAACGUUCAGCAAAACAACGUCCUGAAGCCCGACAACAUGCAGAGAAGCAGUCGUCUAAAGCGUGAGCUGCAGAUGUUGAGCACUGAGCCACCGCCUGGGGUUUCCUGCUGGCAGCUGGAGGACAGAGUGGAGGAGCUGCAGGCCCAAAUCGUUGGGGGCGCCAACACUCCGUAUGAUGGUGGGCUGUUUACACUGGAGAUAAAGAUCCCUGACAGGUAUCCAUUUGAACCUCCCAAAAUGCGCUUCCUGACACCUAUCUACCACCCCAAUAUUGAUAAUGCUGGCCGGAUUUGUCUUGAUGUGCUGAAAUUGCCACCCAAAGGAGCAUGGAGGCCAUCGCUGAACAUCUCCACAGUGCUAAGCUCAGUACAGCUUCUUAUGGCAGAGCCAAAUCCAGAUGACCCAUUAAUGGCAGAUAUUUCGUCAGAAUUUAAAUACAACAAAGCAUUGUAUAUGGAGAAGGCACAAAGAUGGACGGCAAAAUAUGCAACACAAAAGAACAAGGGUCAUGUGGAAGCAGAACAGAAGAUUCCUGAAGACAGAAAAGAUAAAACUGCACCAAAGAGAGAAGCACUUUCAGAAAAAGAGAAUUCAGAACCCCCCAAGAGAGUGUGCAUGUAAAGGUGUUAGUCUACUAGUUGUCUUAAGAUCACUAUUUGCGUUCAUGUUUUAUUUUCACAUUAAUAAAGUCUUUCAAACCAUA